UUUUCAUUGCUUUAAGUAAAGUGUGUGAAGGAUGUCUCGGGCCCGCCAGCCUCCCUUGGUGACAGGCAUCUCACCUAAUGAGGGUGCGCCUUGGACCAAAGUUACCAUUCGAGGGGAGAACCUGGGCACCGGACCCAAUGAUCUGAUUGGUCUGUCCAUCUGUGGUCAUAACUGUUUGCUGACAGCAGAAUGGAUGUCUGCAAGUAAGAUAGUGUGUCGAGUGGGUCCUGCUAAAGAUGACAAAGGCGAGAUCAUCGUCACCACCAAAAGCGGAGGCAGAGGGACGUCCACCGUAUCCUUCAAACUGCUCAAACCAGAGAGAAUCGGCAUUCUGGAUCAGUCUGCGGUCUGGGUUGAUGAGUUGAAUUACUAUGACAUGAGGACCGAUCGGAACAAAGGAAUCUCUCCUCUCUCUUUGAGGCCGGCAAACCCUUUGGGCAUUGACAUAGACAGAGGGAAGGUUCCUUUGAAGGAUCUGGAGAACAUGUUUCCUGGAAUGAGCGGCGAUUUCACCAGUGAGAAUUUCUCUGCCACCUGGUACCUGAUCGAGAACCAUUCAUCAACCAGUUUCGAGCAUCUACGUGCGGGAGUGGGGAACCUGAAGAAACAGGCCAGUAAGAAGAACGAGGGCAGUCUGGCGUAUGUGAAAGGAGGUCUCAGCACUUUCUUUGAGGCUCAGGAUGCUCUUGCAGCCAUCCAUCAGAAGCUGGAAUCGGACGGCACAGAGAAGGUGGAGGGCUCUAUGACCCAGCGACUGGAGACCAUCCUGAACAGAGCAAGUGAAACUGCUGACACUCUGUUUCAAGAAGUGCUGGGCAGAAAGGACAAGGCCGACUCCACACGCAACGCUCUCAACGUUCUCCAGAGAUUCAAGUUUCUCUUUAACCUGCCGCUCAACAUUGAACGCAAUAUACAGAAGGGCGAUUAUGAUGUGGUCAUCAAUGAUUAUGAGAAAGCCAAGUCUCUGUUCGGCAACACAGAGGUCCCAGUCUUUAAGAAAGUGUAUUCCGAAGUGGAGACUCGCAUUGAAGCCCUGAGGAAACUGCUUUUGGACAAACUUCUGGAAACGCCGUCUACUCUGCAUGAUCAAAAACGCUACAUCAGAUAUCUGUCAGACCUGCAUGCUCCAGGUGACCCGGCAUGGCAGUGUAUCAUCGCCCAGCACAAGUGGAUUCUCCAGCUGAUGCAAAACUGUAAAGAAGAUUUCAUCAAAGAGCAGAAAGUGGGUGGUGUCGGGUUGGAUCUGGAUCGUUCUUCAGUUCUGAACAGGAUCAGUCUCUCGGCUCCAGUGAAGAGAGGAGGCAGUUUCCAGACGCCUAAAGAUGACUCUUGGCACUAUAAAAGCCCUCAGCAGGUGAGGUUUGUGGAGAAGCUCUCAGAUGUAGUCAUCAGUCAGCUGCCCAACUUCUGGAAGCUCUGGAUCUCCUACGUCAAUGGCAGUCUGUUCAGUGAGACAGGAGAAAAGUCUGGUCAGGUGGAGAAGUUGAAGAAGAAUGCCAGACAAAGACAAAAUGACUUUAAGGGCAUGAUUGAGGAGGUGACCCGUCGCCUGGUGCAGUUGGUUCGAGGUGCUCUGUUACCCUCUUCUCUUACUGAGCUCCAGCUGAGGCAGUAUGGAGGCUGGGACACCAAAACUCCGCUCACUGGAGCUUGGCUCACACAGGUCAUCCACACCGUCAGGUUGAGUCAUGAGGCUCUGUCGGCUCUGGAGAUUCCCAAUGACCUGCUGCAGGUGAUUCAGGAUUUACUGCAGGACCUGCGUGUGCACUGCCUGCUGACCACACUACAGCACACUGAAGAGGAUGUAAAGAGACUUGCUGAAAAAGAAGAUUGGGUUGUGGACAAUGAAGGAAUCACAUCACUGCCGGCCCAGUUUGAGCAGUGUAUGGUUCAAAUGCUGCAGUCUCUGAAGGAGCCCAUGGAGUGUAAACCUGGAGAGAUCAAUAUCUUCAAUCUUGAUGUGGUUCAAGACAAAGCGUGUGAACAGUGUGUUUCUAUUAUGAAGGUCUUCAUUAAGUGCCUUGAGCAGCUCAGCACCAAGACUGAUGAAGACAUCAACACCUCUCAUUUAUCUGUGGAUUUGACUUCACCUGAUCUUUUUGGAAGCAUAAAGGAAGACUUUAGUUCAAAACCUGAACAGCGUCUUCUCAUCAUUCUCAGUAACUGUCAGUAUCUGGAGAGACACACAUUCCUCAAUCUAGCAGAGCACCUGGAGAAGAAUGGCUUCACCAUGGCAGACAAGAUCAUUAGGGUCAGCAUAGAUGCGCUGAGACAGCUGGAUUAUGAUCUGUUUGAGAUGUACAUCGAGAAGAAGUCUGAUCCUAUCGUCGGCUCUCUGGAAACCGGGAUCUACGCAGGUUAUUUUGACUGGAAAGACUGCCUGCUUCCUACAGGCGUGAGGAGUUAUUUGAAGGAGGCUUUGGUCAGCAUCAUCUCUGUUCAUGCUGAGGUUUUCACAGUUUCCAAGGAGCUGGUUUCUCGUGUUCUUUCAAAGAUCAUCGAGGCUGUAGCAGAAGAAAUGAGUCGCCUCAUGCAGUGUGUGUCUUCUUUUAGUAAAAAUGGUGCCUUGCAGGCGCGUCUGGAGAUCUGUGCUUUGCGAGAUGCUAUAGAGCCCUAUCUCUCAUCAGAGAGCUGCACUAGUUUUAAGCAGGCAUUGGAAGCGCUUCCACAGCUACAGAGUGGAGCUGACAAAAAACUCUUGGAGGAGCUACUGAAUAAGUUUAAGAGCAGUAUGAAGCUGCAGCUAAAUUGCUUCAAGCCUGCCUCAUUUCAGCCUGUAAAGCGAUAAACCUUCACAAAGCGCCAACAUUUCAAUUACUCUUUUGCAUUGUAACACUAAGAAACCAUUUCAAUUUUAAAAACCAUUAAAAGCCAAUUUAGUGCCACUAAAA